GCGAACUGAUACUCAAAGAGAGUGACAACAUAGGUCCCGAGAACCGCGGGGACACUCCCUGAGCUCAACGUACUUGCGGUUGAGAUGUCCGUGGGAGACGAGAGAGAAGGGGGCUGGAGAAGAAAUCUAUGAAGUGAUAAUGGUUAAGGAUUUUCCUAAACUACAGAUAUUAAGCCACAGAUCAAACUGCUUAAUGCAGCACAAGCAGGAUAAGCUUUUAAAGUUUGAAGCUCAUUUUUUGGCCCAGCAUAUAGUCUUGUCCUGGUGAUUACCUCAUGUACACUUGACAAGAACGUGUGACCUUGAGCAGUCUCAUAGUUGCCCUGAACUGGAGAUCCCUUGCUAUGGCGUGUGAGACAGAGCGAAACCCCCUGGGUGUGUUCAAGUGCCAGCUCUGUGCCUUAACAGCUCCAUACAGCUACAAGGGGCAGCAGCCCCCUGACAGCCAAUCUGUCAUCCUCCUGGAGGAGAGCUACGUGAUGCGGGACCCCUUCACCCCCGACAAGGGCAGGUUCCUGAUCGUCGGCUCCAGGUGCAGCGUGUGCAGCAAGCUGGUGUGUGUGGACCCGGAAUGCAGUUUAUUCUACUCCAAGAGAUUUUGCCUCCCCUGUGUCCAGGACAACAUGGAUGCUUUCCCUCAGGAAAUCCAGCGAGACUUGGAGAAAAGGAAAGUCCCCUCCACGAGGCCUGCCAGCCAGCGCAGUUCUCAACCAUGAGUGCAGUCGGGUACCAAGUCCACCUGGGGCUCGUGCCCACGCGGGCUUCCAUGGCCCAGGACAGAGACGGGGCCGAGAUGGAGCCGCUGUGCCGGCCUUCUUCCUGGGCCACUGGGAGCCGUGUCUGCAGCCGCACCAGGGUCAGGAACUGGCAGAGGCGGUGCCCACAGCCAGACCCCAGAUGCCAGCGCUCAGGGACCGCAGCCGCCCACCCUCACAGCCCCCAGCUUAGCAGCUGGUGAGACGCUGGCCCGUGGGCUCGCCUUGUGCCCCCGGUCCGUAGAGGGUGGAGCUGCUCUGUCCGAGUCUGUGAGUUCUGCGGGGCCAGCGCACGCUGCCUGUGGGUGACAGAGACAUGUCUGAUGAGGGGACGAAUAAAGAGCUUUUACUGACCGAU